AUGGCAGUGGAGGGCAUUUUGAGUUGUGACAAGUUUGAAGAUAAUGCGGUCUUAUCUGAGAAAUUGAAGAGCCAGCUGAAGGACUUGGGAUACAUUCACAUGACGCAGAUCCAGACCUACGCGAUCCCGAAGUUGCUGGAGGGUCGGGACGUUUUGGGUGCUGCGAAGACGGGUAGCGGCAAGACGUUGGCGUUUGUGGUUCCGGCGUUGGACUUGCUGUGGCGGUUGAAGGUGACUAGCGCAAUGGGGACGGUUGUGUUGAUCUUGGGUCCUACUCGCGAGUUGAUAUUGCAGAUUUCUGAAGUGGUUCGGGCAGUGGGUGCAAACGUGUCCCACACCUUUGGCGCGAUCAUGGGGGGCAGCAACCGGAAGGAGGAGGCGAAGCGCCUGGCCAAGGGCGUGAAUUUGUUGGUCGCAACGCCUGGGCGAUUGCUGGACCACCUGGAGAACACGAAGGAGUUUGUGUACAAGAACCUGGCCAUGCUGGUGCUGGACGAGGCAGACCGGAUGUUGGACGUCGGCUUCGAGCGGGAGUUGACCAAAAUCCUUGCGAAGCUCCCGGAGGAUCGUCAAACCGCUUUGUUCUCAGCCACUCAGACGACCAAGAUUGUCGACUUGGUGCGAAUGAGUUUAAAGAACCCGGUGCUAGUAAAGGUGCAGGAUGCCAGCACCACGGUAGCGGGUCUGAAACAGUAUUACGUUAUCUGCAACAGUGCAGAUAGACUCUCAUUGCUGUAUAAAGUUCUGAAAGAAAAAUGUAAGGUAGUUGUGAAGAAGAAGAAGUCGGCUCUUGACGACAACAAUAACGAGGACAACAAUAAGGAGGACAACAAUAAGGAGGACAACAAUAAGGAGGACAACAAUAAGGAGGACAACGGUGGUAAACAAGCUGGUAAACAAGCUGGUAAACAAGCUGGCGUUAAGGGUAAAGGUAGUGAUAGAAUGUUGAAGAUAAUGGUAUUCUUCUCUUCCUGUCAGUCUUGUCAGUUUCACGAGGAUCUAUUCCGAUUGUUCGAAGGAUUCAACAAGAUCAGUUCGUUGCAUGGACAGAAGAAGCAGAGUAAGCGGAUUGAAACUUACAACCAGUUUUGCCUUGCGGAAGAGGGUGUCUUGUUUUGCACCAACAUCGCUGCAAGAGGUUUAGACUUCCCGAAUGUCGAUUAUAUCAUUCAAUUCGACCCACCAGAUGACGUGCGCGAUUAUAUACAUCGGGUUGGCCGAACGGCACGCGGUCUAUUGGGUCAAGGCUCAUCGUUGCUAUUCCUCUUACCCGAAGAGCUCCAGUACUUACAUUACUUGAAGGAAGAAAAAAUUCACCCCAAUCGAGUGGAGUCAACAUACAAAUCACUUAAUAAAAUACAACGACAAAUACUUCUUCUCAUUAAUCAAACGCCAGAACUAAAACAACAAGCAAGAACCGCCUAUCAGAAGUACCUCCUCGCAUACCAUUCCCAUUUCCUUAAAGACACCUUCGAUGUUAACAAUCUUAAACUCGAUGGGGUCGCCAUGUCAUUCGGACUAGACAGCGUUCCAAAAGUCGACCUACCUGGAAUAAACGCCCUCAAGAAAAAACGGGACCGGCGUCCAAACCGAGACCGGGCCAAGCAAGCGAAACAUUAA